UUUUUGUUAGGUAAUAAACAUUUGUAAAAAUUUCUUUUUUCUCAAAGUCAAGAAUACAGUAAAUAUUACUCAUUCUAACCCACUCAUCCAACCCUAACUACCGUUGGCGAGCCGGCAAAAUCGUUAGCUCUGAGUUCAAGUUCCGUCGAGAUCGACUUUGCCUUUCAUCCUUUCGGAGUCGAUGUAAUCGAUUUACCCUUCCCACAAAAUCGCUGGCUUCGUGCCUAAAUUUAAAAUCAAUAUUUGAGACGACACGACGUAGGAGUUCUAUGACACGAUUUACUACGCAUGCUCAACCGGAUAUGGAUUUUACACUGCCAUUGAGAAGUAUAUCUUGCUGACGCUUUUGAAUGUUGCCAGCUGCGAAAGGAAAAUUUAUUUAGCUUGAAAAAAAAAAUUAUUAUAUUUAUCUACAUUCAUAUUUAUGUGUAUGUAUACAUGUAGCAGUAAAGACUUCGCCGUCGAUCAACACACAUAACAAAACUGAUUAACGAUGGUUGUUAUUCAUCACAAUAUCGAUUAGACAAUCAGAUAGCACUUUACAUCUCUGAUCGCAAUGCGCUUCCCAUUGUUUUAGAUUUGGAAUAAUGCCACCCCACUGGCUAGUGAUUUAUCCGAGAAAUAUCAGAUGACAUUGGCAUGAAAAAAUAUUUUAUUCAAGUUUCAUCGUCAGUAUUUAUCAUCUUUGCAAAAAUGAAGGAAGAUGUUAUACUAAACAGAUACAACCCUAUGCAUAUAAUCCAUGGUGGAAUUUCUGUGAAAAAUUUUCUUUGAACUGAAAUUAUCAUAAUAACAAUUUUACUAUAUCUCUGUCUGUAAUGUUCAAGAAUGAUUGGAAUUCUACAUAAACCUGGAAAAAUUUACAGAGGAGUUUCAUUUUAUUCAGAUAUCAACAAAGAUCACAGUUGAUGGAAAUAUACAAGAAGAAAAUAGGAAUUAAAAGUGGUAAGAAUAAUUAUGGAAUGUGAAUUACGUGAGACACCAAUUGUGAUUAAAAGGGAAUUAUGUGAGACACCAAUUCCUAUAAAAACAGAGUCUGAAGACAUUGAUUUUCCUAAUGAUAUGCUGCAAGACAAAGGAGGAAAUUCUACACACAGUGAUAUCAUUGGUAUAUCACUGUCUGAAACAAGUCCCAUAACUGCUCAGAGUAGUACCCAUACAGGAGACAAGCUACAUCAUUGUGAUAUCUGUGGCAAAGCACUCUCUAACAAAAAUGCACUGACUAUACACAAACGGAUACAUACUGGGGAGAAGCCAUAUCAUUGUGAUGUUUGUGGUAAAUCCUUUUCUAGAAAUAGUGUGUUAACUAGGCACAAACGUAUUCAUACAAGAGAGAAACUAUAUGAGUGUGAUACGUGUGGUAAAUCAUUUAGUCAGAGAGGUCCCUUAAUUCGACAUAAAUGCAUUCAUACAGGUAAGAAACCAUAUGAGUGUGAUAUCUGUGGAAAAUCGUUUUCUAAAAGUUGCAUCUUAACUAAUCAUGUACGUUCUCAUACGGGAGAGAAGCCAUAUCACUGUGAUAUCUGUGGUAAAUCAUUCUCCCGAAGUGGUCACUUGAAUAUACACAAAUAUAUUCAUACAGGAGGACAGCCAUAUCACUGUGACAUCUGUGGUAAAUCAAUGUCUUCGAUUAGUAAAUUAACACAUGUUUAUAUGACCCACACCCAACACCUAAAGCACAAACGCAAAACUAGGUUGAGACUUAGCAUUGCAACUUGUUCAGGUUGGACUGAUAAAUACCCUGAAUAUUUGUUUCUCAUCAGCAUAUUUGUUUUUGGAGAUUUUAUGUUCAAUAUUAUUGGUUCAUUAAAUGUCUCCAACAAAAUUCCUGUUGAAAGACAGCAAAAAACCUGUGAUAUGCCACCCAUUUCUUGCUAA